GAAUUUUUUUACCAAUUCAAAUAAAAAUCGGAAUAAAGAUAAUUCCAAGAGAAUAAACCUCAUUAAAAGUCAACUCUUUUCAUUCUCUUCACCAUUUGGCUCGAACUCCAACAUAAAUACUCCAACAUAAAUAGCCAAAAAGCUGCUAUUCAUAAGUGUCUCGACAAACACAAAAACGACGCCGUGUCGCCUCCAUUAUGCGACACGAUACGACACAGUUUCUCCUUCACUGAACGGUGCCGUUUAAUACUUGCGUAAUCCCACAUUCUCAAAUGGGAAACAGAGUCGCGAGUUUUAGUGGCUGUUGCGCCGGAACCACCGCCGGAAAAAUUUCCAGUCGAUACGAUGUUGGAGUCGGACUGAUUCAAGAAAACCUCGGCCACUCUUUCUGCUACGUUCGUCCAGUUCUCACCGGAUCAAAAUCUUCUUUCCCGCCGGAACCGCCCCUCCAACCGGACCCGAUACCCGGAACCACCACCACUUUUCGUUCAAUCUCCGGCGCCUCCGUUAGCGCCAAUACUUCAACGGCGCUUUCAGCUUCUUCGUCAACAGACGCGUCUGGAUUAGCCUCUGCGUUCGAGAGCUCCAAUAGAUUCGCCUCCUUGCCACUCCAGCCUGUGCCACGCGGUCCGAUAAAAAAACCGGUUCACGUGUCGGGUCAAUUCGAACGCCGGUUCUUAUCCGGUCCGAUCGAAAGCGGGUUGGUUUCAGGGAAGAAGAAGAAGGAGAAAGCAAAACUGAAGAAAAGUGGAAGCAAAUCAUUUACGAUACCAAAACCUAACAAUAAAUUUCUUACAUUCAAAAACGUUUUCACGAAUCUGGUAUCUAACAACUUAUCUUGUUCGAAGAAGAGCGUGAUCGAACCGAUCAACUAUUCCGAUUCAUUUGACGAAUCAUCAGAUUCCGAUCAAGGUAGACCUGAGAACAAUUACUCAGGCACGAUUCUAAGCAGCCACGAGAACCCUAAAACCGAAGAAGAAAAAACUGAGUCUGCUUUAGAUGAGCCAAAGAUUCAAUGGGCGCAGGGGAAAGCAGGGGAAGAUCGAGUACACGUCAUCCUCUCGGAAGAAAACGGUUGGCUUUUCGUUGGAAUCUACGACGGAUUCAACGGUCCUGAUCCACCAGAUUAUCUUCUCAACAAUCUCUACACCGCUGUGCUCGGAGAGCUCAAAGAGUUGCAAUGGAACGACAAGUAUGAAUCCGAAUAUCUACAAAAGAGUUCGGUCGAGCAUGCAUCCGAUUCGGAUCAAGAAAACUGCCAUGCGAUGAAUGGAAACAUUGUUGCUUGUGGAUCAAGAAACAUAACGAGUGACGUGAAGAAGUUGCAAUGGAGGUGCGAGUGGGAGCAUAACUCAAGCAACAAGUCUAAUAAUAUUAAAAGUAAUCACAAGGAAUGUGAUUCGGGUAUGAUUAACCACAAAGACGUUCUUAGAGCUCUUCAACAAGCGUUGAAGAAAACAGAGGAAUCGUUUGAUCUGAUGGUUAGUGAGAAUCCAGAAUUAGCCUUGAUGGGAUCUUGCGUUCUUGUGACAUUGAUGAAAGGAGAAGAUGUUUACGUGAUGAGCGUUGGAGAUAGCCGAGCGGUUUUAGCUAGAAGACCGGAUCUUGGGAUGAAGAAAAUGCAAAAGGACCUUGAGAGAAUCAAAGAAGAGAGUCCAUUAGAGACAUUGUUCGUCACAGAAAGAGGAUUGAGUCUUUUGGUUCCUAUUCAGCUCAAUAAGGAACAUAGCACAAGUGUUGAUGAGGAAGUGACAAGAAUCAAGAAGGAACAUCCUGAUGAUGCAUUGGCAAUAGAGAAUGAUAGAGUAAAAGGUUAUCUCAAGGUCACUCGUGCAUUUGGCGCUGGAUUUCUUAAACAGCCAAAAUGGAACGAGGCGCUUCUCGAGAUGUUUAGAAUAGACUACGUCGGAACAUCACCGUACAUCACGUGCUCUCCGUCGCUACACCACCACAGACUCACAUCACGUGACAAAUUUCUCAUCCUCUCCUCCGACGGAUUAUACGAAUACUUCUCGAACGAGGAAGCCAUCUUCGAGGUCGACUCAUUCAUAUCAGCCUUCCCUGAAGGCGAUCCUGCUCAACAUCUCAUUCAAGAAGUCCUCCUUAGAGCCGCCAAGAAAUAUGGCAUGGACUUUCAUGAAUUGCUAGAGAUACCACAAGGAGAUCGCCGGAGGUAUCAUGAUGAUGUUUCUGUGAUUGUGAUUUCACUUGAAGGAAGAAUUUGGAGAUCUUCCAUGUGAAUAUUAAUCUUUUGAAUAGACUCUUACUAAAGUAACUUUAAAAUAAUUUUUCUUUUUUUUUUGGAUUCCAUCGAGUUUUUAUCAUUAUUUGUUGUUACUCGGUAUAUUUUUAACUAUGUUGCAUUUGUUUACCAAUAUAGCCAUAUAGGUUAGUGAAAACUAUAUAUAACGCAAGAAAUUCAGAAUAUAUUCUAAACGCAGAUUAAUGAUCACGUUAUGUUACUCGUACAUGAAAUUUUUGGCCUUUUUCUCCGAUGUACUUUGGCCUCUAAAUCUCUAAUAAAGUCAUAAUUUUCUA